AUGUCGUUAGGUACAUUAUACGUCGCAGAACAGGCUAGAGGAUUUGUUCCAAAGGCUCUUGUUAAGCACUUCAAUUUGGAUGUUAAAAUCGCUGGCAAGGAUGAUGAGAACUAUAAGAAGAAUUUUCCAUUAAAUAAAAUUCCAGCUUUUAUUGGACCAAAGGGUUUCAAGUUAACCGAAGUUAUUGCUGUCUCAAUUUACUGUAAGUAUAGAAAUUUUUAUUUCUAA